CGCAACUUUCUUUUCGAUUUCUCAUUGCAAGAUGUUGGCGCUGAAUUGUGUCGUCAUUUAGUUUCCGUGUCGUUUUACCGUACCGUGGGAAGAAGGAUUCGGAGCGGUGGUUAUUCUUCCCGGAGGUGAAUGAGCUUUCCCAUCCCCGCGUGCAGGAUCAUCCGGGACAAGAUGAAGAAACUCACCGGAACGUUCCGCAACACACAAUGGGACCCGUACCUGCUGAUCACGCAAAUAAUCGCGAUGCAAUCGCUGCUUUACGUGAGCCUUGCGUCGAUCAUGUAUGUAAUGGACUUUUUUGCCGAAGCCAACCACACACUGGAUCAUAUUUUUGAGUAUCACGAAAUACACGUUACCGAUCUCGGUGGGCGAUUGGUUAUUGUAGCAUUCAUACUCAACUCCCUAGUCGGCGCCGGGUUGCUGUGGUUUGUAGUGCGGCGCACGAAACUCUGUCUGGACUUCAGCUUUACCUUCCACUUCACCCACCUGGUGAUUUGCUGGUGGUACAACGAGGCCUUCCCGUCGACCAUUGGUUGGUGGAUGCUGAAUGCCGUCUGCGCGGCCCUGAUGUGCGUCUGCAGCGAGUUCCUCUGUCUCAAGACGGAACUGAAGGAGAUUCCGGUCGGCUACACGGCACUAAACCAAAAGGUGGAUCUAUGAAAUGGAGCCGAGUAACCGGUCAGACAUUCCCGCCGUCACAGGGUAUUUUGAGGUUUCCGAGAGGCGGGCGGAUAGUGAUGUUUUUUCCGAUUUCGAUGUUCCCAUGAGGCGCGCGUCCGACUAAGCGCGACCCGACGCUUCCAAUGACACGCCCAGGCGAAUCCUGUUAUUUUGUUGUGUACACACUACAAGCUUUAUAGGUAGAAAACAAAAACUAUGUGUAAGUGUAUGUUUUAAUUUAUUGUGUUUUUUACGAAAACUAAAAAAAGCACAUCCACGGGCGGCAGUGAGCUAAAUAAAAAAAUACUAAUGACAGAAUAAGUAAA